UCUGCUGAAAUUUCUGCCGCCAGUGUGCUGAUGCUGUUGUUUCUGGUGCUGGUGGUGGUGGUGGUGACGGUGCAACUCAGCGGGGUGGAAAGGUAACAGGCGCUUUGAAGCGUAUCUCCGCACAUCAUACAAGGGCCCAAAAACUGACCGUCGAUUGUCUGCUGAACAAAUCACACCUGGCCAGCACGCAACGCGUCGACAGAACCCAAGUGGUGGCGUUGUGUUCCUCCAAUCAGCUGAGCGAUUUUACUUGUCCUACUCGCUCCCGUUCCCACGUCCUAUUCCUACUCCCCAUUACCUCCCUCCGGCAAUGUAACACGACAUGAGACUACCCAGCCGGUGGUAAUUCACACACUCAGUAGCGACUGCAGCAACAGUAGCAGUAGCGACGAUCAGCAUCUCGACCUGUCCAUCAUCCCGCUGCGUUUUUCAAACCAAGGUUGAUUCAGCUCCGCAACAGUAAUGACCUUCUAGCUUCCAGCUGAGCGUUGAUCUACACUGCUGGCAGUGAAACCACGGUGACCAAAAAGCGCAGCAAGACCACAGGAUACCAUUUGGACAUUCAGCACUAACCAAGCCACCUGCUGGCCUCAAAUCCACAGGCUGCCAAUUAGCGAGGAUUAUUGAAUAUCUCUGUCCUGAAUCAAUGCUCUCUCUAACUGCUGACUUGCUAUAGUAAAUCAGCCACCCACGUACCCACAAAGCUGGCGAGAAUGCACACCCAUUUAUCCACUGUUGCCGCAUCGGCGAACACGCUCACACACGCUCACCGCCAGUCGGCUGCAGCUGUUGAACUGAACCUUGUAACCUCAAAUCUAGCAUCUUACCAUGCGUACUACCAAAGCGACGAAUGCAGUGCUCCGGCGACCACCCAGUCACUUGCAGCCGACAGCAACAGGAUCCUCCGACAGUCCUCACCGACGAGGCACAAUCACCUCAGCUAUCCUUCAUCGGAUCAUGGUUUGGCAGACUUGAACAAUUCCGUCAUCCAUCUACCCUCUUACCCAGCUGCAGCUGCUGCAGCAGUCGCUGCUGCUGCUGCUGCCGUCAGAUCCAUUCCUUGUGUCGCAUCGUCCUCCGGAACAUGCGGCUACUUCGGUACCAGAUUUCCAGCUGUCUAUACAGGUUCUUUCACUCGUGCACAUCAAGAUGGCUUCCAACCAACCGGCCCACACGUCUCCCAACGUCGUUCUUCCACUGUAAAUCCCGCACAAUGGCAUCAGCAACCGGGACAACCCAUGCAUGGCACCAAUCUGUUUCCCGGGUCAACAGCUUUCUAUCCAUCUGGACUGGCGACAAACUACGAAUCCGGUCCACACUCCGCUCACACAUCUCAGUUGUAUCGAUAUUUGCAUGACAGGCGGACUGACGUGUAUGGUCAAACAUUGGGGUUCGGUGUCGCCAAAUCGAUGACACCGAAUCAACCCAACAUGAGCCCAGUAAGUCGGUCGAAUUGCUUCCCAUCCACCUAUCCCCAUUGUGGAAUCUACAUGGAUCACUACGCAUUCGGGACCAAUCGGUCUGGCCGCAGUGGUCCACAAAUUGGACUGGGUACAGUGGCUCCGGUCCCGACACAUAUUGAGGGCCCACAUAGUGUCCCCAACGGUGAGCUCAUCUAUUGCCAGUGGGUUGACCCAUUGCCACUAAUUCCUGGAGUACCACAAAAGCCAUGUACCAAAGUGUUCGACUCCGUACUGGACAUUGUCAAUCAUAUCACAUUGGAACAUGUUGGAGGCCCGGAACAGCUCGAUCAUACGUGCUAUUGGAGAGAUUGUGCUCGUGAGGGACGACCGUUCAAAGCCAAAUACAAGCUGGUCAAUCAUAUCCGAGUUCAUACCGGUGAGAAACCGUUUCCAUGCCCUUUUCCUGGAUGUGGCAAAGUUUUUGCGAGGAGUGAAAAUUUGAAAAUUCACAAGCGUACACAUACAGGUGAAAAGCCGUUCAUGUGUGAGUUCGAAGGAUGCGACCGACGCUUCGCCAACAGCUCGGAUAGGAAGAAACACAUGCAUGUCCACAUGAAUGACAAACCGUACUUGUGCCGCUUUAAAGGGUGCGACAAGAGCUACACGCAUCCCAGUUCGUUGCGAAAACAUCUGCGAGUGCAUUAUCUGUCUCCGAGCAAUUCCCAGACGGAGCUGGACCCGAGGUCAGUUGGAAGUGAACACUUAGACACUACUGAGAGCUCAGAACAUAACACUGUUCAGACGAACGAUCGAAUUUGUGAUUAUCUUGGAGAGUAUGAUGAACCCAAGAGACCAGCUGUCAAAAGUGAAUUACCCGCGUGUAUUGACAAAUCGAUGUACCCAGCGCUGAGCAGGUUAGAGUCGGCUGACGCCAGUUUGAGAGAGUGCAGACGAGUUGGCGACGCGGCUGUUCAUUCAUCUGUCCGGGCGCUGGAGUCUGAAUGUAGAAAGUCCAGGAAGAGACGUUUGACCACACGUACCGACGUGUACAUUGGUGGAAAAGAUGAAUCCCCAGGUCGAGACUCGACCAAGAAAGGGGAUCGUUACACUCAUUCUCCCUCCGAAGUAUCUCUUCGAAUGAGCGGUAAUGAUUUUGCAUCCGCUCCCUCCGAUGAGACUCUGAACAGACAACCGACAGAUGCAUACAGAACUAACGCGCUCCAGUUCCGCUUGCCUUACGGAUCUACGCACUCACAACUCCAAUCAGCUUUCACACCCCGGUUGCAUCCUGCCAAGGCGCUGUCUCCGUCACAUAAGGCUCAACUUUCGCAUUCCUCAAGCUCUCGAGCCAUCUCGGAUAACAAUGAGGAACAUUGUCCGCCCAAUAUGCCGAGAGACUUUCCAGCCCCACCUUAUAGUCACUGUUCCUACUUCCAUCCAGCGUACUAUUCACUCUUUCAGCCAUCCACUGACGCCAGAAAACCAACUGAUGUGGUUCCAGACUCAUUGUAUAUGUCGUCACUUCGAAGUGACAGAUGUUCACCUAACUUGUAUUCAGAACCGGCACGGAAAACGUUUUUACACACAUCGGCUGGUGAUCCGUUGCGGCUGCCAGAGCUGACAUCAUCAACGAGUAGUUUCAUUCCGGUAGUUAACGACCAGAUGAAUAGUCAUCAUUCGUCAUCAACCGAUUCUGAUUUGGAUGGGAGCGGUUUAUGUAAAACAAAUUCCUCCUUGAACUCCAGUUUCACUGCGCAUUCGGCCAAGGCCACUUUCAACAGUGCCUUUGACAAUCCGGUGACACGAUAUCUAUCCCCUUCCGACAGUGAGCCACACCCCACCCACAGGUUGACCAUAAAAUCUGACACCAUUUCCGGCGAACGAGCCAGUCCCUUGUCCACAAGAACAGCUUUGACGUCUCCACCACCGUCCCAUCCGUCUGGCACCUGGGCUCAGCAAACAACCUCUGGCAGCUACUUCGAGUGGCGACCUCAUAACAACGUGUUUAACGAAUCGUCAAAGUUGACAACCAUACCUGAUGAAGUUGGCAAAGGGGCGUACACAAGCCAGUUCACAUUCGAUGUGCACCCUCGGACAGAUGGUCACCUGAUGCGAACACAAAUCACAUCAGCUGAGGCGCCUAGUGCCUUCUCGAUUGCCUGUAAUUAUACACAGCCAUUUCCCCAUAAUUCCGGGUACCUCAAAACACACUCGGAAUGUUCCAAACUCUCUGUGAAUCCAACCGACCUCACUAAUCUUUCCGCUAUCCAUUCAGUGAAGACCGAAUGUGGCUCGUUGCAAGUGACCUGAAUGAACGCCAUAGUCAGCCAUCUGGUUUGUUACUUUCCACCUAACUCACCUCAGCCCAGUGUAUAAAAGAAAAACAGUGUUCGCAAGCUGCACUGAAGUUUGUGGCAGCCGGUGAAAGAUCUCAUUACCAUCAUUGGCAACAGCCGCUGCACCAAUGAGAGGCUUAUCUCUCCUGUGUUAAUUCAUGUGACCUCAGAUUUCAGAUGUAUCUGGUUCCUAUACACAUCGUUUGUUAAUGAGAUGACAAUCAUUCUUCACUAGAGCAUAUCUUUGUCAUGGGGUAGAUGAACACAAGUUGUGUUGAGUAAUUUGUGUGUCUUGGUUUCCGAUAAUAGUAUUGUCCGUCACAGUGACAUCCUCCUUAAGGU